AGUGGUGUGAAGCCGCCGGACACGGAGAACGUGACGGUGGCCGCCGGCCUGGGAGUAAAGGACUGUGGUGUUUUGUGUUUGGGGAAAUGCUCGUGCGUGGCUUAUGUUGUGCUUGGUGGGAAUUGACUGUGGUGGGUUGGUCAGCUAAUGGACAUCAAGGAGUUUGCUUCAUGGACUCAAGGAGGUGUAGAUCUCUAUCUCCGGCUAGCCGCCGCUGAUUUGGAUUCAACAGAAAGUGCGUCAAGCAAGAGGAAGCAUAUAGUUGCAGUAGUCAUCCCAUUGGGGUUAGCUUUUAUCAUAUUCUCUUGCUUUGGGAUUUAUGCAUUAAGGAAGAAAAGAAAGCAGGGUGUAGGAGAUGGUUAUGUGAAGGAGAGCAGAGGAAAAGAAAUGGAACUUCCCUUAUUUGAUAUGUCUGCAAUUGAGAUUGCUACAAAUAACUUCUCUGACGGACAUAAGCUUGGAGAGGGAGGAUUUGGCCCUGUUUAUAAGGGUCAUUUAGGAGAUGGACAAGAGAUUGCUGUCAAGAGAUUAUCCAGAUAUUCUGUUCAAGGGUUGGAUGAGUUCAUGAAUGAGGUUAUGUUAAUUGCAAAACUGCAACACAGGAAUCUAGUUCGUCUUAUUGGUUGCUGCAUUAAGGGAGAGGAAAGGUUAUUGAUUUAUGAGUACAUGCCCAAUAAAAGCUUGGAUUCUUUCAUAUUUGAUAAAGCAUGCAGCUGUCAGCUGGAUUGGCAAAAACGAUUUGAUAUAAUUAUUGGAAUCGCACGAGGAUUACUCUAUCUUCAUCAAGAUUCUAGAUUAAAAAUUGUUCACAGAGAUCUCAAGGUUAGCAAUGUUCUUCUUGACAAGGAGUUGAAUCCCAAAAUAUCAGAUUUUGGCAUGGCAAGGAUUGUAAGAGGAGACCAAAUGCAAGAAAGCACAGAGAAAGUGGUUGGAACAUACGGAUACAUGUCACCCGAGUAUGCAAUGCAUGGCAUCUUUUCAAUAAAAUCUGAUGUCUUUAGUUUUGGAGUUAUUGUUCUUGAAAUUCUUACUGGUAAGAAGAAUAGAGUGUUUGAUCCAAAUGACAACCAUGUGAGCCUAGUAGGGCAUGCCUGGAGACUAUGGUCAGAAAGUAAAUCCCUGGAGUUAGUCGAUGAUGCGCUCAAGUAUGGCUAUCCAGAGAAGGAAGUUCUGCGAUGUAUGCAGAUUAGUCUCCUUUGUGUGCAAGAAGGUAGCGAAGAUAGGCCUACAAUGGCUUCAGUGGUUUUGAUGUUGGGUAGUGAAGGCAUGACACUGCCUCAACCUAAGAGGCCUGGCUUCUAUCCUAAAGAUGGUUCUAAAGUAGCAAAUUUGUCAACGUCGGAUCAUGUCUAUAGUAGUGGAAAUGAUAUCACUGUUACAAUGAUCCAUGGUAGAUAGAGAAGCUGAAUCAAAACCUAUUAACAACCCGGGUGGUAUAAAUGACAGUAAUAAUGUAGCUGACAUCCAACUAACUAAUCAAGAUGCCGCGGCUUUGUUGUGACUAGCAAAAUUUUCUUGAUGUGAGUAGGAAAAGAGCAGAAAAAGUAUAGGCUAUUUUUACAUAGCCGUUGUAUAUAAACUGGAAGUUGUGCACUAUUACAUCAACAAAUUUGAUUUUAUUCCUCACUCAACAGUGUGGCUGCUUGAUGUGUUUAUCAUCGAUUCUGCUUUUAUGGCUUAUAGGCAGCAUAAGUGCUGCAAUUGUUAUAUAUUGCUCUUUGGCCUCUUAUAUGUUUAGCGAUUUUAAUAAAGUUGAGUUUUGUUAGAUUUGCAGCCAACUCCCUAUUAGUCAUUUAAUUACCUGUUCGCUUGCUUGUAGAUAAAAAUAUAAAGUUUAAAACGUGAGGAUGCUACUUCUCAUCAACAAUUGAAUUAAAAAAUAUCCAUAAAUCACAUCCAAUUAUGUCGAGAGUAUCGAAUAAAAAAAAGAGAACAUAAAAAUAGAGAGAAAAAAAAUCUCAAGUAAAAAGCUGUGAGAUUUCAUUAAAAUGAAUAAAAAAUAUUUGAGCCUUAGAAGUCAUGACUUAAGCAAUUAAUUGGAUUAAGUCAAACUAUACUACAUAUUAAAUAUGAACAUUACAACAUAAUGUAAAAAACAUUCCAAAAAAAUGCGACAAAUUUAAUAUGGAGUUUAGAUGGCUAAAGCCUUAAUAUAUUUACUU